AUUGUGUUUGCUUGUCUGGAAGAUUGCAGUUUCAGUCAAAAGAAUAUUCCAUCCGCUCUCACCUAAGGUAGAUAAUAAUGGCCAAAUUGAAUGUUGUAUCUUUGGUUGCCUUUUUGGCUGGCUUAGUCGUUGUCAUUGAAGGAGGAGAUUUCAUCAUCUUCAAUGAAAUUCCUCCUACUGUUCACGUUUGCGGUAAUCAGAGGCAGCAGGUUUUAGAUUACUGGGCAGAAUGUGAAUUAAACAUUCCCUUCGAUGAAUGUCCACUUAAACGACGUCGAUCAGUUGAUGUAGACAUUGUUACUGAUUUCAAGAAAGAGCCAUCUUAUACCAAAUUUGACGACCGAUUGAUUGAAGCUGGUCACCACACUAAUAACUUCUUGAAAUUUGGAAAAUCUUUAUACACCCGUCUUCAAGAAUUGAACCUUGAAAAAUUAGACGAGAAAUGCUGUAUGCCUCCACCCAUGCCUGCCAAGGAAUGCGAAAUGUUGCCUCAGCUAUGUCCUGGUGGCAGUAUGUUCAAUGAAGCCCUUAAAGAUGAUAUCAUUAAAGGUGGUUGCGAAAUUUUUAUCGAAGAAAAUCUAUAAUUUUCCCCUCUCCCAAUCAUUGAUAUGAAGUAAGCAGAACUAUCCAAUUCCUCCCCAUGCUAUGAUUGAUUGCUGUGAUCAAAUUUGUAGAUCAUAUGAUGUGAAGGCAAUAAAGAUGAUGUUGUAAAAGC